AUGAGUGAAGACCAAAUAAAAUUCUUAGAGAAACGUUCUAUGACCGUUGAACUCUCUGAAGAUAUUACGAAAGCCUUCCUUUUAGAGACCCAAGAAAAAAAAAACAUAGAAAAUAUUGAAGAUGAGAGAUAUACUCACGUAUUAACCCACUCUAAAUCUCGUUUUGCCCCACCUAUUAGUCCAAACGAAAUAAUUACAUUGAAAUUCCAUCAUUCUGGGAAUUAUUUUGCCUAUAGUAGAGUUGAUGGGUCUUUGAAUAUUUGGAACUUUCCUUCUGGAAGUGGUAGACUCUCUCGAGAGAUUCAAUAUACAUAUGUUCGCGACUGUGUUAAUUCUGAAAGAGUAGCGACUGAUUUAAGUUGGAAUCCUCAAGAAACCAACCAAUUGGCUGCUGCUUCCAAUUCUAAUGAAAUAUUAAUUUGGAAUCAUGACGCUUCUAAAAAAACGAUUGUUAAACUAAAAACAUUAUUUAUAAAAAGUUUUAAAACUAAAAUUAACCAAUGUUUAUAUGACCCUACUGGUAAAUGGCUUUUAGGUACAACCAAACAAGAACUGCUAUACUUAUUUAAUGUCAGAAAUGAAUAUUCACUAGAUCUUACAUAUAAUUUAUGGGAAAAGUUAGGAUUUCAAAGUUCAAUAACAUCUAUUUCAUGGAAUAACUCUGGGUCUCAUAUAUUUCUGGGACUGAAAGAUGGUAAAAUUAUCAUCUUACAAAUUAAACAAAAUAAUGACGUCCUAGACUUUGACUUGGUCUUCGAAAUUGAUGCUCAUAGAAGUUCUAUCAAUAAUUUGAAAAUGGACCCUUGCGGUAGGUUUGUUGUUGCAGGUAGUGCUGACGGUACAUGUUCGGUUUGGGAUACAAUUAAUCUUUCUUGUAUUCAUGUUAUCACAGAUUUGAAUGCAGCAGUGGUUUCAUUAGAUGUUAAUAAUCUAGGGAAAGUUUUGGCCAUUUGCACAGGCGAUGAUAACAUAUUCUUUUAUGAUACAAAUACUUUUAAAAUGAUAGAACAAAGAACUGUUGAGUUUUUACGUUCAGAUGCAAUUGUUAAAUUUCAUCCAAAUAGAUCAUGGUAUGUUCUGUCUAGUAAAGGGGAUACUUUACAAAAUUAUAUAGCAAGUUCCGAUGAUGAAUUAAAAUAUUGGAAAGCAAAAUAUGAGAAUAAUCUGCAUGUAGUUCGUAAUGGUAAAUCUACUUCGAACACAACGAAGAGUACUCCACCAAGUCGUGGACCUACCAAUAGAAAAGUUAUAAAAAGUAGAGAUAGACAUACCAACACUAGAAGGCAUGGCGAAAUACCUAGAGGUACAAGAUACAGCAAUGACUAA